UUUUACUCUGUCUGUUUAUUAACAUAAUUCAUAAACUGUGUCUUUGUUAACAUUUAUGUAACAAAUUGCAAGUUAUGUGAUCAUAUUUUAAAAGUUCAAUGGUCAGCAAUAAGCCAUUAACCUUUGAGAACAGUCAUGUUUAUAGGAAAAACGACCUGAAUCUUCUUCUAUACUGCUUACUUAAACAUGCGGUCAUAUAAAGGAUAAUGACCUACCAUAAGUUACUGGUUGUUGGUUAUUGAUGACUGAUUUCAAUACAGCUGUGCUUGUGUAGUAGGAAUAUGGACUACUUGGAAUAGAGUCGGAGAUAACAUCAGUGAAUGAAUCUGUUUAACCUCGAGACAAGUGAACAUGUGUCAGUGCGUGACUUUGAGCUUCUUAAAGUGCUGGGAACAGGAGCAUAUGGGAAGGUGUUUCUGGUGCGUAAGCUCAACGGCACGGACGAGAACAAACUUUACGCCAUGAAGGUCCUAAAAAAGGCGUCAAUCGUCCAGAAAACAAAGACCACAGAACACACGAAGACUGAAAGACAGGUGCUUGAGGCUAUACGACAGUCGCCCUUCCUCGUGAAAUUGCAUUACGCUUUCCAAACUGACGCUAAAUUGCAUCUUAUAUUAGACUAUGUAAACGGAGGAGAAUUGUUCACACAUUUAAAUCAGCGGGAGCAUUUCACAGAACGGGAAGUUCGAAUAUACAUCGGAGAAAUAGUCCUUGCCUUGGAGACCUUGCACAAGCUGGGUAUCAUCUACCGUGACAUCAAGCUGGAGAACAUUCUGCUGGACAGCAGUGGACACAUCGUGCUCACGGACUUUGGCCUCAGCAAGGAGUUCCUGCCCACUGACCACAGCCAUCGGGCGUACUCAUUCUGCGGGACCAUUGAGUACAUGGCGCCCGAGGUCGUAGAGGGAGGUCACUCGGGCCACGACUUUUCAGUUGAUUGGUGGUCCCUGGGCGUGCUGACCUAUGAACUCCUAACUGGCGCCUCCCCCUUCACAGUGGAUGGUGAAAGUAACUCUCAGUCGGAAAUAUCCCGGAGAGUCCUGAAAGCCAAGCCCCCCAUGCCGAAGUCUUUCUCAUCUGUAGUCCGUGAUUUUAUCCUGUCCCUUUUGACCAAGGACCCCAAGCAUAGAUUAGGGGCCCACGGGGCUAAGGAAGUCAAAGCUCACAGGUUCUUUAAGGGUCUCAGCUGGAAAGAUCUUGCUGCUAAGAAAGUCCCUGCUCCAUUUGUGCCAAAAAUCCGCCAUGAGCUGGAUGUGAGCAACUUUGCAGACGAGUUCACCAAGAUGCAAGCCACAGACUCACCCGCUAUUGUGCCCAUGCAUGGCGAUAAGCUGUUCAAGGGUUAUUCAUAUGUGGCGCCCUCUGUAAUAUUCAGCGAGAACACAGUGAGUUCUGACCUCCUUCAGCCCACAAAGUUCUUCCAGCCUGACAACAGACAACUCCUCUAUGCUAGUCACUUUAAAAACUGCCAGUUCUUUCAACUGUAUGAGCUAGACAUGAAAACAGCUCCUCUGGGGGAUGGCAGCUUCUCAAUAUGCAGAAAAUGUGUCAGUAAGAAGACUAGAGAAGCAUAUGCGGUCAAGAUCGUGAGUCGACGUAUCGAUGUAAAUCGUGAAGUGACGCUUCUCAAACUGUGUCAAGGUCACAGAAACAUUGUACAGCUCAUCGAUGUGUUCUAUGAUGAACUACACACGUACAUGGUGCUGGAGCUGUGUCAGGGGGGAGAACUACUGAAUAGGAUCCGUAAAAAGAAGAACUUCUGUGAGCCUGAGGCAAGCGAGAUCAUGCUCAAGCUGGUGCUUGCUGUGGACUUCAUGCACUCGAGGGGGGUCGUACAUCGGGAUCUCAAACCAGAGAACCUGCUUUUUGAGAACAACACAGAGAGUGCCGAAGUGAAGAUAAUUGAUUUCGGCUUUGCGCGCUUAAAACCGGGUAACCAGCAGUUGAGUACGCCGUGUUUUACCCUCCCGUAUGGUGCCCCAGAGGUCCUUCUGCAGGCAAGCUCCAGCAGGGAGAAGGAGGGCUAUGAUGAGUCAUGUGACCUCUGGAGUCUGGGAGUGAUAUUGUACACAAUGCUGUCAGGCCGGGUCCCAUUCCAUGCCAGCAGCUCAGAGGACCAGGCCAAGGCACUCAUGCGUGAAAUCAAGAUUGGUCGCUUUAGUUUUGAUGGCAAGGAAUGGACGGACGUCUCCACUGCAGCCAAAUCUCUCAUACAGGGGCUGCUGACAGUUGACCCAAAAAAAAGACUCACAAUGGAACAUCUAAAGAAGAACGAGUGGUUGCUAAGGAACAAUAACAGUGUGCUAUCGGAGAAGACACUUCUGACCCCGGGGGUGCUCACAAACACCACUGCGGUCCAGAUCCAAUUCUCAGCUACAAUGGAUGCCUUCCAUAAGGCCCAGCGCGAGGGUUUCACCCUCCAGCCUGUGGGGAAAGCCCCCCUCGCUCGUCGACGAAAGCAGAAAAAGGGAUCUGAUGAGCGCAGUGAAUCAACAGACAGUAGUCACUCGAGUGGUUCCUCCACGAAAAAUUUCUCUCAGGGUAACGCUAGCUCAAGUACAAGUACUGUUGGGACAAGUAAUUAUAUUGACGUAAGUCCUGUAGCCAGUGAUUCUGUUGUUUCUAGUACACUGCUAUCUAAUACAUUACCAGUGGUGACGCCGGAACUAGUUAGAAACCUUUCUAAUAAUUCGAACUUGUCGAAUACUUCGUCCGCCUCCCACAGUUCUACACAUAGCCUUGGAUUCACACCUCAGCGGAAAACGCCUGUCGAAUUUUUAACGAGUGGGAACAGUAGUACGUCCGUGCAGUCCGCUCAGGACUUGUUCAUCUUUGGCCCAGAUUCUAGUGGUGGAAGUAGUAAAAUUCCUGUUAAAGAGAUACGGGGUUCUUCGGAAUCAGAAGCGUCCAUCGAUGAACCUCCCUUUCAGACAAGAGGCACGAAGCGGAAACACAGUCUCGAGGCGGAUGAGACUUUUACGGAUUCUGACUGCGGCGAUGAAGAGGAUUGUUACGGUGAUGACAAUGGUGCUGACAUUGAUGUUGAUGGAGAUGACGUUGAUGAUGACGAGGUGGAGUAUAGUGAUGAAUUCGAAACAAGCAGUGAUUGCAUAAUAAUUGACCAUGAAACUGAAGAGGAUAGUAAAGAUGUUGAAAUGAAUCGGUUAUAUACUGAGUCACAGAGUGAUGGGAGUCAUUCUGCAUCAAGUAGCUCCAACAAAAAGGCUAUUACUCACAAGAAGGCUAGACAUGACUCAACAAUUGUGAUUGAUGAUUAGAACAUAAUAUUUUAUGCAUAUAUCAGCAAUUUUUACACUGUUUGGGUUAUGGGUCUGGUACUGAUCAAAUUGUGAAAUUCUUAACAUGAAAACUUGCAGGUGGAAAAAAUAUUUAAAAAGAAAUAACAUUGUAAGAAAUAAGAAUCAAUCAAAUAUUGUAAGUGAUGUAUUGUUGGUUGAAUUUGUUAUUUAUUAUGCUCCUCGAAAAAAAAUUGGGGAGCAUUUAGUUGCCAGUUUGUCCUUCCUUCCUUACUUCCUUUCUUCCAUCACACUUUUCCGUCACACUUUUGUUACAGUGCCUUCAAUAUUUUACUGAUCUCUUACAUAUUUGGCAUGUAGGUACCUUGCAUAGACCUCUUCCUUUUGAUGAGGUUUGAGGUCACUGGGGUCAAGGUCAUUGAGGCUAAUAAAAGAUUUUCUCACAGUUUGGUUACAGUUUUAUAGCGUACAUAAGGGGAGCAUCCAUCGUUUUCAACGAUAUGUGUUAAUUUGGCUUCAGGAAUGGGUCUAAUUACAACACCUAUUAUAUGAAAAGAAAAUUAACGAUACAUACUACAUAAAAGUUAUGAUAAGUAUGCCCUUAUGUUAUUAUUCUUUUAUAGUAACUUUGUUUUUUACAUAUAAGUUAUUGAUGUUUGUGACAUUCAUAUAAUAAGGCUUAGGAAAUACACAUGUGUUUGUUUUAUAGAAGUUAACAUCACUACUCCAGACAAAGAAUACACAUUAAUAUGCUUUAUUUAGAAUGUUACCAUUGGUUACGUUUAUCAUAAAGUUGUCAAGCUGCUAGUUUAGGUCAUGGUUUGACAAAAUGGCAUCAAUUCUCAUGUUUUUAUCAUUUAUCAGUCUUUACUGUUAUCACUACACAUGAAAUGUUUUCAAGGGCAAGUUGACAAGCGUUAAUUGCAGAAUUGAAUCUUUGUUACAAUACAGAAUUUAAUAUGAACUUAUUGCAAAUUUGAAUCUGUAUGCAACAAUUUCAAUAUAUUUUUCUGAAAUUGUUAAAAAACAAUAAAGAAGACUACUUUGGAUUGUCUGUACUAAUAGAUUAAAUAUGUUAAUACAUGAUACAUAGACAUGAUCAAUUCACUUUUUGAAAGGCAAUGGCCAACAAUGGGGAGGUGAACAAUGAAGGUAAUUGUGUGUAGUUUUAGUGGAAACUUUGGUUUUAAGUUACCAUUUUGUGAUCAAUAAUCUUAGUAUUUUACAUAGGAUAUUAAUGGUUAAAGAUUAUUUUUUUAAUGAAUUGCUCAGUUUGGCUUAAAGUAACAUUGAUACUCAAAACAACAAAUAUUUCAUACAAUAUUUCGUAAAAACAAGUUAACCCAUAAAAAAUCUGUUCCUUAUAGCAAUAGCAAAAAUUUCAAUGCUCGAUGUGGUAUGGUAACAUAGAUUUAACGAGAUACUAAAUGCUAGUUUUUAUUUUCUGUGCGACAAUAUAUUCCAUGUUAAUUUUCCGCAAUGUUAUCUGAACAUAUACGAGCGAACCCAAGACUGGCUUUGGGCAGCGUCGAAAGCUGCCCUAGGCUAACAUAGGCUAAUCUCGAGUUCGCUCGUAAAUGUUCAGAUAUCAUAGCCAGAAAUUCAUUAGGAACAUUGAUUUUUUUAAUCUGUUAACUUUAUUUUUCUAAAUAUUGUUCGAAAUUUCUGUUUAUUAUGAGUGUCUAUGGGCUUUUUUUAUAUUUUUAGUAUGUGUUUUAUAUCUACUAUGUUUAAUUGAAUUAAAACACAUUCAGAUCAUUGUACGUGUACAUGUAAUGUUAUAUCAUUUGAACGUUUUUUCUCCACAUUUGUAACUCACAUUCAAACAUACACAUCUUUGGUUGAUAGUUUUAAAUAUUCCUCAUUGCUGUUUCUCAUCAAAUUUUUACUUCUAGUUUUAUGGAUGAUAAUUAUCUGCAUUAUGCAAGUUGUGAUCUUUUCCUUAAAAAUGUAAUUAAAAAGAUGACCAUGUAAGUGUUAUACUGUCAAAAUACGUGAAUUAUAAUUUUAUUUAAAUCAAUGUUUUUUUUCUAUUUGCAACCUGUGUUAUUUAUUAAACUUAUUGCUCAUUUAAACUUAUUACCUAUAUUUAUCACCUAUAAGCUGAUAUAACAGUGCCAAUUACCAUCACGAUCAUGUGUAGUCAAAGGAUUACGACAAAAAUAUAUAUAAACCUGCUACAGCCCCCAGAAAACUAGGAACAAUUUCAAAACAAUCGAAAACAUUAAAAUUGAACGUUAUUUGAGGGCUCUUACUGUUAUAUUAUUUUUUUUAUAGUUUUUUUUGCAUGUUUUGAUUGUUUGAAGUUGAUCUUCAGUGCUUUUAUUCUAGUUAUGUGUUAAAGUAUUAAUUUUAACCCAGGCAAACGUGUGAUUGUGGGGUAAAUUAUGGUAACUCUGUCUGUCAGUUCCCAUAAAAUAUUAACAGUUCUUACUAUACUUCUACAUGCUAAAAGUUAUAACUGUACUUCCACAUAUCCUUAGUGAAUAAAUUGCAAGGUCAAAUAAGUCAAUACUAUGAUGUUUAUAUGUGCAAUACCAGAGGGGAUAAUCACGUGAUAAUCAAGAUGGUGACGUCCAUGCCGAUGCAGGUAUUUUGGGGUGUUGUGUACCUUUUAUUACGGUAUUUGUAUUAAUUUUUUUAAUGCUGCUUUCUUUCCAGUCAUCUCAGCAAAAAGUUACUGGAGUUUAUUUCAUAUAAAUAUUUGCUCUUUACUCAACUUUACCCUCUGCAAAAUUUCUUAGCAGGACCUAAUUACAGCUCCACAAAGUUAAUUUUGUGGGGAGUAAAGGAGAGAUUUAAAUCGAAUUUUAUUACAAAAUAAAAGCUAAUUGGCCUUUGAUUGAUAUGGCUGAUAAGUGGGCGUCAGUUAUACAUCCAGCAAAAGUAAUAAUGUGUAUUAUACCGUAUAAGACAGCGAAAAAUUACUAUCUCGGCAUGGACUUCGCCGUCUGGACUGUCACAUGAUUACCCCCUCUGAAUACUUUUCUAACAAAUAGGUAUGGGGUUAUUUGUAAUUUGAGCCGUGCUUUGUGAAAAGGGGUUUAAUGCAUGUGUGUAAAGUGUUAUCCCAGAUAAGCCUGUGCAGUCUGACCUUUUUUGAUCAGUUUUGUCCGGCCUGUACUGUGCAUCAUCAGCAUUUGCAGUGUUUACACUCUAGAGGCUGCAUUUAUAGUUCAAAACAUGUUUUCCAAUGAUCCCUAGAUAUAGUUUAAAACUUGGUCAUGUUGGGUUAAAAAAUACAAAAAUAGGUCAAAUUAAAGAGAAUGCUUGUUAACACUUAAAUCCACAUUGGUUUCCCAAUUUUUAUGAAAUUUGGUUACAUCAUUUGUCCAAAUUCAAAGCCAAGUUUAAGAAUGUUUCUUGUCCAUUUUAAAACUUAAAUGCCAAAGGGGUGGGACAAAUUUUGUAACAUGUCUUUAGUGAAUCCUUAUGAACACUCUUAUAGUUACUCGUUUUGUCCAAUCAGCAUGAAACUUGAUCAGAAUAUUUGUUCUAAUGACAACUCAGCCUAGUACAAACUUUCGGGGAAGAAAGCAAGGUCAUUUAUUGCACAAACAUAAAAAAGCUGCUUUAAAACAGUUCAUUGCCAUAGCGUCUCAGGUGAGGGAUCUAGGGCCUUUUGCCCUCUUGUUUGUAACAGAUUGCCAAUAUAAUUGUAUGAUAGUAUUUGAAUUACACAUAAAGUUCUAUUUAAGUUUGUAUGUAUUAUAAAUAUUUGUUAAAGUGAUUGUGUGCUUAAAGCAUACCUAUGUUUAACGCUUAAUAUAUAUACUAUUUAUAUAUUAUGUUAAUGAAAAAUUUAUAAUAUUUAUAACCUGUUGAAAAUAACAGUUAUCAGAAGACAUGAUUGAACUUGUUAUGAUUGAUAAAAUAUAUAUUCUAAUGUUAUGCAUGCUAUUAUUAGUGAUUGUCUAAUAUGAUGACAGAAUAGUUUUUAAGUUUAUUUUGUCAAGUUGUUAAAUGGCUAGUAUUGAUUUUAUCAAUGACUGUUUUUAAUUUAAGCAGGUACAAACCAGCUGUUAUCAUUUUAAUUCAAAUGAGAGAAUUCUCUAUUGUCAUUUUAAAUAAAUCAUGAAUGGAUUUUG